GCGUCAUCACGCUCGGAUUGAUGCCAAUUUGUGCGGAAAGCCACGUUUACGAAUUCGAUUGAAGUCUGCUCCAUAACUUUCUUGAGGAAAGAUAGGAAGGACGACCUAACUGACCUGCUAACACACAUUAGCGCAAGAUUAAACACAGCAGACAUGUCCUCACCACCUAAAGAAAAAAAUGAAACAAAAGCUGGACAUCUCCCUGCUGUGAAGGCAGGUGGGAUGAGAAUAGUCCAAAAACAUCAGGGUUCAGGUGAACCUGCUGCGAAGGACGAGGACAUGUCGGAGUAUGAAGACCCCACCCCACCAAAGCCAACUGUCAUCGUUUCUGGAGUAGUCACAAAGGGUGACAAGGACUUCACACCCGCGGCCGCCCAGGUGGCUCACCAGAAGCCCCAGCCCUCUGUGGAAAAGCUGCGGCAGGGCCCCCACAUCAACCAGCACAUCCACCAGCCCCGCAAGUGAGCCCACCCAGACCACAGCUCCACCAACACUGUCGCCAUGGCGCAUGAGCAGAGACCACACCAAUCACCCAACAGCACUCAGGUUACCAAGGGAGACCGGCACAGGACAAUCCCGCCCAGCACAACACCAGGAAGUGUGUGCUUGCCCUGUGAACUUGUAAGAAGAACAGAUCGCCUUCCCUGUUUCCUUUGUGCUCUUGAUUGAGAAUUUUCAGCUUUAAAAAAAAUCCAGAGAGGAAAUCUUCCAAAGGAAAAUUAUGGGAUUUAUGAAAUGAAAGGGUUUUAUUUUCUUUUUUCAAAAGUUAUUUGAGAAACUAUUGUAAAUUGUGCAAAUUAUGUGUAGUUUGGAAUAUUUUAAUAGAAAUUAGAAAGUGUGGCUGUCUUUUCUGUGGUGUCAGAAUAAACAAUAAAUAUAAA